GGGUCUCUUCAACUGGUCUUUUUUUAAAAAAAAUCCUCAUUGAUUCUGUUUCGCGAGCUUAAACUUUCUCUCUUGCAAACCGUAACUCAGGCAGAUAAUAAAAAUGACGCUCACGUCGAAUGCUCCUGCUUUUAAAUCUCAGUAUAUUACUGCUGAGCUGGCUCAUCUGUUCAGCCAAUCAGACAGCGAGGAGGAGUUUGAAGGUUUCGCUGAGGAUGAUGCAGAAGAGGACGGAGGACGUUUCCAAAGGCGCCAAAAGGCCAACGUUGUUGAUUUGGAGGAGGACAGCGACAAAGACACAGGCUUCUACUCGGAUGGCGAGGAGCCACCCGAGCCAAAGCGGAGGAGUUUGUUAGUUGCACUUAGGUUUCCAGGGAAAAAAGGAUCUGUCCCCAAACAAGAGUCAAAAAAGAAAAUUGUCAAUGAGCCGGUCAGAGAGAGUCGUCCGUCUCCGAGAGGCAGAGGAAGGCAGAAGGUGAAAGAGGAUCACAAGGAGGACAACGAGGAGGAAGAGGAGGUGGUGAAGGACAGAACUCUAACAAACCGAGAUCGCAACAUACAGGAAAACAAAGCCAUGCUCGCUAAGCUGUUUGCUGACCUCAGCUCCCUGGCUGACCUGACCCCACCGACCACACCUCAGAAGAAAAAGCGGGUAUCGCAGAAGGUGACGCCUCACAAACGUAAGUUUACAUCCGAAGCUGGGUCAGAGAGGAGGAACCCGUCCCGUAAGGCUCGCCCUCCGGAGAAUUUUGGGGUGGAGGAGAACUUAACGCCGGUGGCUGUUCCGAGGCCCAGGACUGUGGACGUCAGGAGACUGGUGGAGGUGGAUGAGGAACAUGCUGACGGGAGAAAGAAAAAGAGAAGGAGCCACGGUUCCAGGAAAAGCCAGUACAUAGUGAAAUCCGUCGACGAGAUCACCGAGGAGGACCUGGAAAACAUAGCGUACCGCAGCAAAGACAAGAUCUGGGACAAAGAGAAUGGCAGCUCAUGUCACCAGUGCAGACAGAAGACUCUGGACACCAAGACCGUGUGCCGGAGCGGUCACUGCGUGGGGGUCAAAGGUCAGUUCUGCGGACCGUGCCUGAAGAAUCGCUAUGGAGAGGACGUGCGCGCUGUGCUGCUCGACCCGACGUGGUCGUGUCCCAUCUGCCGGGGAGUGUGUAACUGCAGUCUGUGUCGUAAGAAGGAGGGCCGCUGUGCCACGGGGAUCCUGGUGGGCCUGGCGCGCUACAACGGCCACGACAACGUCCACGAGUACUUGGAGAGCAUCCAGAAGGAUCUGCAGUGAAGUCCAGAUGAUCCAACAGCUCCUGGUGCUGCACGGUCCUCCAAGAACAGUUAACGCACAUUUCUCAAGACACGACUGACCUUUUUAUCUAGCUUGAUGAAACGGCAAUGUUGUUGUUGUUUUUCUUUUCCCCUGUCACCUUUUUUAAAGACGUUUUAUACUGUUAAUAUUUUGUAUAUGUGUAUCCGGGUUUGUGUUGCAUGUAAUGCAGGGAUGUUUUUGUCGUUUGUGCCAGUUCUUUGACGAGUUGUACAAUUUUUCUAAACUUGACUGAUCUAAAUGUUGUAGUGGGCCCUUUUCUUUUUUUCUUUUUUUUUUUACCCUAGCUGCAAACUGAAGCUUUGGUCUAAAUGACACUUAUUAGUGUUCUCUCCAGUCUACUGUAUAUUUGAAUAAAGUUUGUGGAAAAACAAAA